AUGGGGUCGCUUGGUAACAAAUCUUCUCUACCGGUGGCGAACCCGGGCCUUUCUUUCUGGCAACAAACUACGAGGUCGUUCCCGUACUUGAAUGUCAAUAGAAGCGAACCGGCCCCCAAAAAGUCAGAGUACGUCGUAAUCGGCUCCGGUAUCUCAGGGGCGCUGACGACGUUUGAGUUGAUCGAGGGAGGCGUAUCGCCAGAAAAUAUUGUCAUUUUGGAGGCUAGAGAGGCAGCAAGUGGAGCAAGCUCUCGAAAUGCUGGCCAUGUUCGUCCUGACGCAUUCCGCGGGUUUCAAGUCUACCAGAAGGUGCUUGGCAAAGAGCAGGCACUCAAGAUCAUUGCCAAUGAAAAGCUUGUGUUCGAGAAGGUAGACGAGUUCGUGAAAAAGCACAACGUCGAGUGCGAUUUCAACCCUACUACCACCUUCGAUGUUUGUCUGACGCAGGAGUUCGCAGACUUCAAUGCUCAGAGCUUGAGGGAAUAUAAAGAGGCAGGGGGUGAUACUGGUCAUAUCAAAUUUUACGAAGGCAAAGAAGCUAAGCAGAAGACACGAAUUGCUCAGACAGUCACCGCAUAUGAAUGGCCAGCAGGAUCAAGUCAUCCUGCAAAGCUUGCACAAUGGCUGCUCACGCAAUCAAUCAACAAGGGGUCGGCGCUUUUCACUCAUUGCCCGGCCAUGUCUAUCAAGAAAUCACCCCGUUCCAGUUCUGAGGAAACGCUAUGGGAAGUCACAACACCAAGAGGAACUAUCACGACAUCGACAAUUAUCCAUUGCACGAAUGCGUUCGCGCCGCACCUGCUUCCACAGCUUGCUGCCUUUGUAACUCCAAACCGAGCGCAGGCGCAUGCUUUCGUUCCACCAUCAGCUCUGAAUGGUGCAAAUGUAUUGCCCAGUACUAUGUCUUUGAGGCACAGUCUGAAGCACUUUUAUUCCGUUGCUCAGCGAAAACCAGAUGGUGUCAUCAUACUCGGAGCCCCGCGAACGAAUCCAAACAUCAGCCAGGCUGCUUUGGAUAGCCGGCUACUCCCUGACGACAGUGCAUUCAAUGACGAGGUCAGGGACGACACGCUAGCCAACUUUGCGUCUUGCUUCCCAGAGUGUAGUCCGAAACAGCUGAACCAUGGAGAGGGCCUAUGGCAUUCCUGGACCGGCAUCAUCGCCAUGACACCAGAUUCUGUUCCUUUUGUCGGACAGCUACCUGAUAUGCAAGGCCAGUGGGUGUGUGCAGGAUUCAAUGGCCACGGAAUGGCAAGAAUUUUUACCUGCGCCCCAGGUUUGGCCAAAUUAGUACUCGGAGGAACAUGGGCAGAAACUGGGUUGCCAGAAUGCUUUGAGUCAACAGAGGCUAGACUCGAGGGCCUAAGCAAUGGCGUUGCAGGGUCGGUCUUUUAA